UCAUGACGUCAGUUCCUUGCUCUGAACUUCAGCAUAGAUCAGACUGCUGUUAUAAGUUCAGCUGCUCUACAGCUCAUUUCCAGUCAUUUCCUUAUACAUCCCCGCGCUUCGCUCGCGACCUUUGGUAAUGGUAUUGUUGACUGCAUAUGUUGGCUCUCAGGAUGGCGGUGGACUGGGUGGGCUUCCUCUAUGCUGCAGCUCUGGCUCUGGGAGGAUUUAUGGGCUAUAAAAAAAGAGGAAGUGUGGUGUCAUUGAUUGCUGGACUCUUCUUUGGAUGUCUGUCUGCAUAUGGAGCAUAUAAAAGAUCCAAUGAUCCAUACGACUACUGGACCUCUCUGAUCUCUGCCGGUGUACUGACAGCUGUGAUGGGAAUGAGGUUCAGGAAAUCUGGGAAGUUAAUGCCUGCAGGAAUCACGGCAGGACUCAGCCUCCUGAUGGUUUUGAGGAUCUUGUUCUACUGAGUGUUCAUGGACAGACCACACCGGGACAACGUCUACUGUUCAGUUCACACUUUUUAAUCACCCAAUUGUAUCUUGAACAUUCCAAAUAAACCUGUUCGUUAAAGUG